CAUGCAACUCCCAUCCCACUAGGUCGGCGCGCAAUUCACUCGUCACCGCGUCCCGACCCGUGUUCGUGUUCGCGCCCGAUCGCACUGCCCCACCUCGUUGGUGGUCGCACCCUACAAACAACACUCACCAGCACCCGUCACUCCCCUUUAGGCAACCUGCCGACAGCAAGCGCACCAUGGACGACUUCAACAGCGAGACAGACAGCGACUACACAAGCUAUUGGCGAGAUUGGUUUAUAUCCUCACGAGGAAACGAGUACUUUUGCGAAAUUGACGAGGAAUACCUUACCGACCGCUUCAACCUCACAGGUCUGAAUACCGAGGUUCAAUACUACCAAUAUGCGCUGGAUCUUGUAACCGACGUCUUCGACUUCGACUGCGACGAUGAUAUGCGGGAACAGAUUGAGAAAUCGGCGCGGCAUUUGUACGGUCUAGUGCAUGCGAGGUACAUUGUCACAACUAGAGGUCUGGCAAAGAUGCUCGAAAAGUUCAAAAAGUCCGACUUUGGCAAAUGCCCACGCGUAAUGUGCGAAUCACAACCCCUCCUUCCCAUGGGUCAAUCCGACGUGCCCAACGCCUCGCCUGUAAAGCUUUACUGUGCCCGCUGCGAAGACCUCUACAAUCCAAAAUCCUCGCGCCAUGCCAUUAUUGACGGCGCAUACUUUGGCACCUCGUUCCACAACAUCUUGUUCCAAGUCUACCCCGCGAUGCUUCCCCCGAAAACACAGCGACGAUACGAGCCCCGCGUCUUCGGCUUCAAGGUGCAUUCCGCAGCAGCACUGGCGCGGUGGCAAUCAGAUAAAAAGGAGGAAAUGAAGGAUAGGCUGAAGGCGCUGAAGAUGGAAACUGGAUUCGAGGAAGAGGACGAGGAAUUGGAAGACGACGAUGAUGACGAUGACAUGGAGCUCCAGGAAGGUGUUCAAGGUGCGGCUGCACAGCUGUGACAAAUGGGCCUGUAACGGCCUUCUUUUUCCUUCACACAAGACGUACAGACCGAACACAGUGAUACAUGAUAGAGCAUGGAUCUACGAGUUGCUCAUCAUGGAGAGGGCUAUGAAAAGGGUUUGGAGCAUAUGCAAAUGCCCAAGACUAGCAUGGAUUCGGCGAUAAGGGCGUCAUGGCUGGGUUAACAAUGGAUAUCUGAGAUACCAACAACCCGAAACGAUCAAAGUAAUUCAAAUUCUACCGUUUUUCUGAAGCAGAACGAAGCACAUACACACACAUGAGUACCGUGAUGGAGGCGAUGAUUUGAGUUAAGUAACAUUGUACGUGAUUUGCUAUAGCAGAGGAGGACUAUGAAUAUCAAUAUCUCUUUCUUCCAUUCUUUCUUGAUCCAAGGUUGGAACCAGCCCAUCUCAGACUACUGUAUACCUACAUGCCACCGCCGAGAUCCAAGCGAACGAUGAU